GCCCCGCUCUCCGAUCCUAUAAAGGGAGGACACCCGCCGCCCGCCGGGCUGGCAUCCCCAAGCCGCUGGUGUCCCGGCCGCGCGGAACCAGCGCUGCCUCUGAGGGGCGCCGGAGCCAUGACCCUCCGCCGACUCAGGAAGCUGCAGCAGAAGGAGGAGGCGGCAGCCGCCCCGGACCCCGCCGCCCGGGCUCCCGACUCGGAAGUCGCUCCCGCCGCUCCGUCCCCGACCCCAGCCUCGGGCCCCCGGGCUGCAGCCGCCAGCCCUGGGGCUCCUGGGGACGAGCUGUACGCGGCGCUGGAGGACUAUCACCCGGCCGAGCUGUAUCGCGCGCUCGCUGUGUCCGGGGGCACCCUGCCCCGCCGAAAGGGCUCAGGAUUCCGCUGGAAGAAUCUCAGCCAGAGUCCUGAACAGCAGCGGAAAGUGCUGACUUUGGAGAAGGAGGAGAACCAGACCUUCGGCUUUGAGAUCCAGACUUACGGCCUUCACCACCGAGAGGAGCAGCGUGUGGAGAUGGUGACUUUUGUCUGCCGGGUUCAUGAGUCCAGCCCUGCCCAGCUGGCUGGGCUCACACCAGGUGACACCAUCGCCAGUGUCAACGGCCUGAACGUAGAAGGGAUCAGGCAUCGAGAGAUUGUUGACAUCAUCAAGGCUUCUGGCAACGUUCUCAGACUGGAAACUCUGUAUGGGACUUCGAUUCGGAAAGCGGAACUGGAGGCACGCCUGCAGUACCUGAAGCAAACCCUGUAUGAGAAGUGGGGAGAAUACAGGUCCCUGAUGGUGCAGGAGCAGCGGCUGGUGCACGGCCUCGUGGUGAAGGACCCGAGCAUCUACGACACUCUGGAGUCCGUGCGCUCCUGCCUGUACGGGGCGGGUCUGCUCCCAGGCUCUCUGCCCUUCGGGCCUCUGCUGGCAGCGCCCCGAGCCCCCUGUGGGGGCGCGCGGCGGGCCGGGGGCGACGCGGACGACGCCGUCUACCACACGUGCUUCUUCGGGGGCGCCGACCCACCUGCGCUGCCGCCGCCACCGCCACCUGCCCGUUCAUCCGUCCCCGCCGAGCCUCCUGCCUCGGCCCCGGGGCCCAGGGCGAUGCUGAGCCGCAGCGCCAGCCUGCGGUGCGCAGGCCCCGGGGGCGGGGGCGCGCUGGGCGCGCUCUGGACUGAGGCCCGUGAGCAGGCCCUGUGCGGCCCCGGCCUGCGCAAAACGAAGUACCGCAGCUUCCGUCGGCGGCUGCUCAAGUUCAUCCCCGGACUCAACCGCUCCCUGGAGGAGGAGGAGAGCCAGCUGUAGGGGCGGGCGGGCGGGGGAUGGUAUUUAUUUAUUUAUUCGUCCCAGCAAAAAGGGGGCGGGGGAGGGAGGCAGACACCCAGGCGGACGGGACCCCAGGAUCCCAGAGCAGCGGGAGAGGGUCCUUGCCAGCCCCAGACGGCUGGUUCCUGGCCUAUCUCUGCUGAGUCACGAAUGCAGGCCCCAGACCGCUCUACUGCUCCUACCCUAAACCACAGUGUUAGGCGGGGCAGGGAGAACCAGGCGAGCUCCGGUUUGCAAGAGGUUUGGGGGCAAAGAUGGGCUGUUCAUCCUACAUCUGGGUCAGUAGUGCCUUGUGGGAUGUCCAGGAAAACUCCCACCAUGUGUGGCGGGGAUCCCUGUCCCACGAAGCCCUCUCCUCAGCUUUACUUGCUCCCCACCCUUGGCCUUGGGGACAAAUGGCCUAUGGACAGUCGUUCUCCCAUCCUUCACACGCACAUACACUGUUCCAGUUAACCAGUAGGCCCCUGAAGGGGCCUCAGGUGCUGGUCCUCUUCCUCCCAGCCUUGACCCCUAAGGGCUUGGCCCCUUCCAGGGGCCCGUAACUAAGUUGGGUCCUGCUGGGCAGGGGUCCUGGAUUCUCUGCCCCUCAGGGGACAGGAAUGGCCACAUCCAGUUUGGGUGGGGGCAGCACAGACUGUUCCGCCGGUUUGCAUAUUGUUGCUUCUGAACCACUAACUGUAUAAAAUUGAUGGUUUUUUGCA